AUGGGAGCAGGACAGGUUGCUAAGCCCUGCAGUGGAGUGGUUGCUGUAGCAGCUGCGAAGUGAUAAUGUGGCUGUUAUGCCCGUUCGAAUUAAGCCCUAUUCCCAUGGUAGCAGUAUUCCGCAUGACAGCUUUAAUGGCAUGGGCAGGAGGGGCUCUGGUGAGGUGGUAGUGCAACAGGAUUUUCACCACCAGUCACCAUGGCAAUGGAGGGUUAGCCUUGAGACCCCAGGAAGCAGCCUGUGUGGACGCUGGGAAAAAAGAAAAAGGGAGAACGUCACCGGCUGAAAAAGUAAAUAAACCUAAUGUUGAGUUCAGAAGAGGAGCUGAAUUGAGAGGAAGUCGGCGAGAGGCAACGGGAUCUGCGCAACGCUCCCAUGCGCUGUUACCUGGGCGGAAGGGAAAACUCUCGUUACUGGAACAGGCCUCAUUGCUUUGCCUUUGACAAGAUGCAGGUUGGCAAAACGGAUCCGCACAGGAUGGAUGUUCCUUCUCGAUAUACUACCAAGUGAAGCAUAAAACAAGUCCAAGGCCAGGAACACCCCAUUUCGGGCAGGGAGAAAUCCAGACACCAAAGGUAAAGCGGAAGAGGAAGUUUUGUCACGUGCCGAGCAACUUCAAAAGGAGAGGAAGCAACCUUAUACAUGAAAUAAACAAGCUAAGAAAGUGGAAUAUUCUCAACAGGAAGAACUGCCCUCUCUGCUAAGUUGUCCCAGCAAGAAAGGAGGAGGGAAGGCAAACUGGGCAUUGGGCAACUUUGGACUUUGUUGGGGACUGGUCGGAGAGCAGCUGGUGCUGACAGCUGCCCCAAUGCUGGAUCACAGAACUAGGAUGGACAGCUCCAAGAAGGGGAAGAAGACACAACUGAAGCCAUCCAGAAUUCCCAAGACGAAUAAAGGCUGAGGCGCUUGGAAAGCCCUUCUGCAGUCUGCAUCAUUUUUGUUAGUGUUGCUGAUCACACCGGCCUUCCUUUUUCUCUGCCGGGCAGAGUUGCUGGACCUAUUUCCUCCGCUGGUGAACCUUUAAUCUUUUCGGAUUGGAAACGUUGCCCUCAAUAUCAACAACGCUCAGCCUUGAGCUUAAGCAAACACCCAACAGAAAAAGAGACAAGAGACUCGGGUCAGUCUUGUCAGCUUCAGACCAGGUGGCCGAGAGCAGACAGGCAGCAAACGGGUUUCCGCAGAGCAAGCCCAGAAUCAAUGGACAGUUUGGAGGGUUCACGGUUGUCAAUGAUGAAGGAAGUGUUUGACAGCUUGCAACUGGUGGAGCAGAUCCUCUCAGAAUUCCGGCUACAGGAACAGGAUCUGAAGAAGGUGAUGCAUCGGAUGCAGAAGGAGAUGGACCGGGGCCUGAAGCUGGAGACACAUGAGGAAGCCUCUGUGAAGAUGCUGCCCACUUAUGUACGCUCUACCCCUGAGGGAUCAGAGGUGGGAGAUUUUCUGUCUUUGGAUCUCGGGGGCACCAAUUUCCGAGUCAUGCUGGUGAAAGUGGGUGAAGGUGAAGAAAAACAAUGGAAUGUGAAGACAAAGCACCAGAUGUAUUCCAUACCGGAGGAUGCCAUGACGGGAACAGCUGAAAUGCUCUUUGAUUACAUCUCAGAAUGCAUCUCCGACUUCCUAGACAAACAUCAGAUGAAACACAAAAAACUACCUCUGGGCUUCACGUUUUCCUUCCCUGUUCGACAUGAAGACCUCGACAAGGGGAUCCUAUUGAACUGGACUAAAGGCUUCAAAGCGUCAGGAGCUGAAGGGAACAACGUAGUUGGGCUUUUGAGAGAUGCUAUCAAACGGCGAGGGGACUUUGAGAUGGACGUAGUCGCAAUGGUCAAUGACACAGUGGCAACGAUGAUAUCCUGCUACUAUGAGGAUCACCAAUGCGAAGUUGGCAUGAUAGUGGGCACCGGUUGCAACGCUUGCUACAUGGAAGAGAUGCAGAAUGUAGAGCUUGUGGAAGGGGAUGUAGGUCGGAUGUGUGUAAACACCGAAUGGGGAGCCUUUGGAGCAUCAGGGGAGCUGGACGAGUUCCUCUUGGAGUAUGAUCGUGUGGUGGAUGAGACCUCACUUAACCCCGGUCAGCAGCUGUAUGAGAAGAUCAUAGGAGGAAAGUAUAUGGGAGAGAUCGUACGGCUAGUGCUCCUAAAACUUGUCAAUGAAAACUUGCUCUUCAAUGGAGAAGCAACAGAGAAGCUAAAAACCAGAGGAUCUUUUGAAACCCGCUUUAUCUCACAAAUUGAAAGUGAUCCCGGUGACCGUAAGCAGAUUUACAACAUCUUGACAUCCUUUGGGCUGUUGCCCUCUGUAACAGACUGUGACAUUGUCCGUAUGGCGUGCGAGAGCGUCUCUACGAGGGCUGCGCAGAUGUGCUCAGCCGGGCUGGCCGGUGUCAUUAACCGCAUGAGAGACAGCAGGUGCGAGGACACGUUGAAGAUCACAGUGGGCGUCGAUGGCUCCGUCUACAAGCUCCACCCCAGCUUCAAAGAUCGGUUCCACGCAGCAGUCAGGCAACUUACACCGGACUGCGACAUCACCUUCCUGCAGUCGGAGGAAGGCAGUGGCAGGGGAGCGGCUCUCAUCUCGGCAGUCGCGUGCAAGAUGGCGUGCAUGAUUGGCCAAUGAAAUGCCGCUGCGAAAGGACCGUGAAAGGGAUGCCACCGACCUGGGAAGUGCCCCCUCCACCCACUGCCAGGCUGAGGUGUUUCAGGGUGUGCCAAGGAAGCAGACCCAGAAGACGGAAGGUUUUCCUGGGGGGGUGGGGAAGGGGGAGGGAAUGGAGUGGUGUCGGGUUCCUCCGAACCUCUGCCUCUACACAACACAAUAACCGUGCAAAAAUAGUCUCUCCUUUCUGUCCUUAAAACCUUCUCCACUCCUGCAAGCUCUGGGGAGGGUUUCAAUUUAUGCAAUAAGCAGCUUCUCAUAGUACAGUGGGGGGGGGCUGUUUGGAGAGGUGGUGUUGCAGGGAUGGGAAGUCAGGAAGGGAAUAAGUUUUGCUUUCUUUCUUUUCUUCGUUGGACAGCUCAGGAAGCAGGGAUCUGGGCAAAAUGGCAUCUAGUUGCAAAGUACGGUUUCUUCCUCAGUAAAUGAGGUUGGGAAGGUGCAAUUCAAGCUGCCGUUAUCAGCCACUGAUGAGCAUAGUGCAGAGAAGGCAACUUUGAGUAGACACAUUCUCCAACCUUCUCCUCCUCCUCUGGUUUCCAAGACACUAAUGGUUUCCGUGUGAGUUUGUGAGUCAGCUUGAGCACAGAGUCCUCAUCAGGAGAAGAGCACAAGUGAAAAGUCAGGUUUUUGCAUUAUUUCCGGCACUUUCCACCUUCACCAGAUUUAAAUCCAAAGCUUGCAAUCUGGUCCCAAUACUAUCGCCAGUCCAAACUGUCAUUUCCACAGAGACAGAUAUCCUGGACCAUCUCUAUGUCGUUUUUUUAGAAAAAGGAUCAGUCACCAUUAACAUGGCGGGAGCUUGAGACUGAACAGGGCCCAAGAGAGCAAGCAAAGGCCGUAAAGCAUUUUAUGACAUGAGAGUUGUCUGCUUGGGUACAGCUCGCCUUGCCUGGAUCCCACCCUUGUUUCAAUAAUUCUGGAAAGCAAGUAAUAUACAGACCGCAAGUAAUAUACAGACCGCAAUUACAGACAGUAAUAUACAGACCAGCAAGUAAUAUACAGACCUUGGAACAAAUUCAGUUCCAAGGCUCUGCACACCUCAAAGGGAUGUGUGUGAUGCAUAACCAGAUAGGUAAGCACUUGGGUCAGGGGGGAGUCAUUUCUCUGGGACACUGCUUGCCCACCUGUGAUGAGUCCACUAGUGUGCAUGGGACAUAGUGGGAUGAAACCAGCCCCCUCCACCUGCAAGCAUGUUAAACCUGCCACAGGGCGAAAGGUGAGUUGCAAUUGCAUGUGUGACUUGAAGUGGGAAAGUAACAGGCUUCAGUCUGGAAGCUCCUAAGAUUUACUGAAGACGGGUCCAUUCUGUUUUUAAAAUGUAAUGUCUUGGGCAUCCCUCAGCAGCAACUACAGAAAGUUUGAUCCCCCUGAUUUCAGCUCGUACAGAUGUUUGACCCAGAUUAUCUCUCCUCACUGUCAUAAUAUUGUUUAUUUCCCACUUUUUUUGGUUCUUUUUCCUCUGUCUCCUGCUAUCCUCCUUAUGGAUCCAGGGGCUCUUUUAUAUUAAAAAAUAAUAAGAAUAAAAAAAUAAAAAAAUCUUUUUAAACUUG